AUGGAGAAAAGAAUUACUCUAAGGCUUUUGUUUGUGAUAGCUUUGCUUGUUUUAAGCAGUGUAGAUGUAGAAGCUAAAGCUAGAAAAAUUACAUCAGAAGUCAAUAGAAAAUUGAAGCUUCUUAAUAAGCCAGCAAUCAAGAGUAUUAAGAGUGAAGAUGGAGAUAUUAUCAAUUGUGUUGACAUCUACAAGCAACCUGCUUUUGAUCAUCCUGCAUUAAAAAACCAUGAAAUUGAGAUGAGACCAAGUAUUAGUUUUCCAUCUGACACUACUACAGCUGCUAAAAACGAGUCAUCCCAACGAGUUCUAUCGCAAAUUUGGCACAAAAGUGGAAGUUGUCCAAAGGGAACCAUUCCCCAGACUGCAUAUCUUAUUACAUUGGGAUAUAGUUAUAUUGGUGCUAGAGGAAAUAUAAAUAUCUGGAAUCCAAGAGUUCAAUCGCCCAAUGAAUACACUACUGCUCAAAUUUGGCUUAAAAGUGGCCCUGGAGAUAGUUUUGAAAGUAUUGAAGCAGGAUGGAUGGUCAACCCAAAGUUAUUCAGUGAUACACAACCUCGAGUAUUUAUACGAUGGACUUUGGAUUCCUAUCAGAAGACAGGCUGCAUUAACCUCAUUUGCUCUGGAUUUGUACAAACUAGCCAAGAGAUUGGAUUAGGUUCAGCUAUUCAACCUACAUCACAAAGAUGGGGAGACCAAUAUGAGGUCGACAUCCAAAUUAACAUGGAUCCAAAUCAGAGAAGAUGGUGGCUAAAAUUUGGAGACGAUGUGAUAGGGUAUUGGCCCUUCGAAAUCCUAACAUAUAUGCAACAGAAAGCCGUAUUAGUUCAAUGGGGAGGGGAUGUUUAUAGCAAAAACGUGAAGGGAGUGAAACCCCACACUACAACAGCCAUGGGGAGUGGAGAUCAUGCAUCUGCUUUGUUGGGAGCAGCUUGUUACAUUAAUAAGCUUAGAAUCUUGGAUUAUUCUCUCCAGUUGAAGUACCCUGAAUGGGUACAUACUGAUUCCGAGGAACCCUAUUGCUACAGUGCUCUUAAUUACCAAAAGAGUCUUGCAUUUGAGCCUACGUUAUUAUUUGGAGGUCCUGGUCGAAGUCAUUAUUGUCCAUGA